AUGGAGUUCACAAGUGACAAGGACCACGAGUACCACAAGGGCCAUGGUGUGCUGGACACCCUUGGACUCAAGCCCGCCGAACCUCAUCAAGAUGUCCAGCAGGGUAUGUUGGCUGACAAUGCUGAUAACCUUCAGCGUCACCUGGACAAUCGUCAGAUCCAACUCAUCGCCAUUGGUGGUUCUAUCGGAACUGCCCUCUUCGUGAGUAUCGGUAGUGGUCUGUACAAUGGUGGACCCGGCAGCUUGUUCAUCGCGUACACUGUUCAGUGUCUCUUCCUGGCUAUGGUGAACAACUGUCUCGCCGAGAUGACUACCGCGUUCCCGGUCAGCGGUGGUUUCAUCCGUCUUGCUGGUAAAUGGGUUGACGAUGCCCUUGGUUUUAUGGUUGGAUGGAACUUUUUCUUCUACGAAGCCCUCUUGAUUCCUUUCGAGAUUUCGGCCUUCACUCUCGUGAUCUCAUUCUGGAGUCCCGCCAUUGCAGAGCCCGGCCCAAUUGCUGGAAUCUGUGCUGGAGUCAUUUGCUGCUAUGCGUUUCUUAACGUUCUGAUGGUUAGUACGUACGGUGAAGCCGAGUUCUGGCUUUCCGGUGGAAAGGUCAUUCUGAUCUUCUCUCUGUUCUUCUUCACCUUUGUUACCAUGGUCGGUGGUAACCCUCAGCACCACGCAUAUGGUUUCACAUACUGGAACAACCCAGGCGCCUUUAUGGAGUACCUCGACACCGGCGCCCUAGGUCGUUUUGAAGGAUUCCUGGGAGCUCUCUGGUCCGCGGCUUUUACCGUCGUCGGGCCUGAGUACAUUUCAAUGGUCGCUGCGGAAGCUAAGCGUCCCCGUACCUACAUCAAGAACGCUUUCAAGACUGUCUACGCUCGGUUUGGCAUCUUCUUCAUUGGCGGCUCCCUGGCUGUGGGCAUUGUUUGCUCCGCUCGUGACCCGAAGUUGGUUGCCCUCGAGAACGGUACCUCCUCCGGCGCCGGGGCGGCCGCUUCGCCCUAUGUCAUCGGCAUGGGCAAUCUCGGCAUCACGAUCUUCCCUUCAAUCGUCAACGCUCUUCUGUUGACUUCUAUCUUCUCCGCCGGCAACACCUACUGCUACUGUUCUAUCCGUACCCUGUACGGUCUUGCUUUGGAAGGCCGGGCGCCUAGAUUCCUCACCUACACGACACGCAAAGGUGUCCCAAUCUACUGCUUCCUCGUUGUGAUGAUCUUCCCCAUGCUAUCCUUCCUGCAGGUGGGCAACAGCUCAUCUAUCGUCAUCACCUGGUUCGCCAGUCUUGUGACUGCUGGAGGUCUCAUCAACUACGUCGUCAUCACCCUGACCUACAUCUUCUUCCACCGUGCUUGCAAGGCACAAGGUGUGGACCGUAGUACCUUCGCGUACUUCGCCCGCUUCCAGCCCUGGUGCGCCUGGGUGGCAUUCGUGUGGAUGAUCCUCGUCACCAUCCUAUACGGCUACCCGGCCUACAAGCCAUGGUCGCUGAAGACCUGGUGGUCCAACUACACUAUGCAGAUUGUGAUCCCGCCGCUCUACCUGAUCUGGAAGCUAAUCAAGAAGACCAAGGUCGUCAAGCCCCACGAGGCGGAUCUGGUUUGGGAGCGACCCUUGAUUGAUGCCUACGAGGCUAGCUUCACCGAUCCCCCUGUCGGCUUCUGGAGGGAGGUUGGUCAGAUGUUUGGUUACCGCCGGAUCAAGGGCGGCAAUGACAAGCGCCGGCCGUCAACAGUGGAUUACUCUAAUGGCACUACUGAGGGUGCUGUGGCGGCCUGA